ACUGCCACACCUGGGUGCUGCGUGAAGGGGGAAAGCAGAUCGACGCUCGGAAAUUCAGUUCCACCAAAUGAUCUGUCAGUGGCGUUCAUUUACUUGACGUUUGGUCUCAUCUCAGUCCGGCAGGCUCUCUCGUGAGACGUGCUUUCAGCUUCGACAGCUCGUCUUGUUCAUCAGUUUUGCAUACGAUAUGUAGAGUUGAGUUGGUUCAAUGUGUUGGAAAGAAAAGUACUUGAAUGAAGUUGAGUUCAACAAAAGAGAUGAGUGAUAUGGUAGUUAGAUGCCCACCGUCUAUGCACUCCAAGAGCUUACCAAUUACUUGUGGCAGAUGAGGCAUUUUAAUUUUCAGUAUCAGGAUUAGCUGGGCAAGGCAUGCUCUUGCUGUGAGAGGUAGAUUGACUGGUCUUUGGCCAAUAAAAAGUGGUUGUGACUGUUAAGGAUGCUGCAUGCUUAUGAUUGCUAGGGCUGCAAAUGAGUCAGGUCUGAUAUGUGGAUUUUGUCAUUUAUGGCGGUGCAUGACCAUUGUCUAACCUGACCUACAAUGUUCUCCUCUAAGCAUCCUGGGUUCUGCCCCUUUGUAUCACUAAUGAUUGCUAAUGACUCGCUUUUGGUUGCUUGUUGCCUUCAUUGUAGUGCAUAUACAUUAUGGAGAGUGGAGUAAGUCAAGGUAUCAUGCUAGAAGGAUCCUUUAUGGAUUCAAACCAUGGUGCCAUGAGACAAUGUCCUAUUGUAGACAAUGAACUGCCUCUAGAUAAACUUGAUGACAUGAUGGGAAAUUCUGCAAUGGAUGAGUUACAGGUGCAUGUAUCUCCUGCUAGGGUUGAUCCUUAUGUAGGGAUGGAGUUUGAGAGUGAGGAAGCAGUGAGGGUGUAUUAUAAUGAAUAUGCAAAGAGAGUAGGUUUUAGCAUUCGAGUAAGUACCACACGUCGCUCUAAGCGGGACUCUACACUUAUUGGGCGUGACUUUGUGUGCUAUAAAGAAGGCUUUCGGUCAAAGAAAUAUGUAAGCAAGCGUCCAAACACAAGGGAGGGCUGCAAAGCAAUGAUUAGAGCAAAGAAACUUGAUUCUAAUAAGUGGAUUGUCACACGGUUGAUCAAGGAUCAUAACCAUGAGUUGGUGGGUUCAGGAACAGUAUCACUCCUUCGUUCACAUAAACAUAAAAUAUUCUUGGAUGCCCUUGAUGAAGCAAAUAGUGGUCUUUCUAGUGUUGAUCCAUAUGUGGGUAUGGAGUUUGAAAGUGAUGCUGCUGCAAGGAUAUUUUAUUACCAGUAUGCUAAACGUUUAGGUUUUAGCAUUCGUGUAGCUACAACUCGUCGAUCAAAGCGUGAUUCUACAGUUAUCGGCCGUUAUUUUGUAUGUUCUAUGGAAGGAUUCCGCAUAAGGAAAUAUGCAAAUAGGCGACCAGUCAUGAGGGAAGGCUGCAAAGCUAUGUUCAGAGUGAAGAAGUUGGAAUCAGAGAAAUGGGUCGUCACACAAUUUGAGAAGGAUCACAAUCAUGAAUUGGGAUUUCCCGGAAAGGGCUCUUAUUUACGAGAGAGUCGGUUGGUGAGUACCUCUAAUGCUGCAAAAAGCUCAGUUGAUUGCUCUGGACAUUCCUCUGAACAAGCAAGAGCAACUUCUCCUAUAGUGACUGUACCAAAAGAGAAAUCAACUGCUCCUAGCAAUACUGGCUUUGUCAUGCCUGAUAGUGGAAAACAUGUGCAUAGUGGCCAGAAGAAGAUUCUUGGAAGAGAUGCUCAGAACGUACUAGAGUACUUCAAACGUAUGCAAGCAAAGAACCCUGCCUUCUUCUAUGCUAUUCAGGUAGAUGAUGCAUACCGUAUGUGUAAUUUUCUUUGGGUUGAUUCGAGGUCAAGGAUGGCUUAUAGUCAUUUGGGUGAUGUUGUCACUCUGGACACAACAUACAGAAGAAAUCUGUAUGAAAUGCCUUUUGUUCUGUUUAUAGGUGUCGACCAGCAUAAGCAGUUUGUACUGUUUGGCUGUGGAUUAUUACUAGAUGAAAGUGAAGCUUCUUAUGUUUGGUUGUUUAAUACAUGGGUUGAAGCCAUGUCUGGACAGCACCCUAACGCGCUGAUGACUGAUGACGAUCCGGCCAUAGUAGCUGCAGUCGCACGGGUAUUUCGAAAAACCCAGCAUUGUUUCUGCAAAAGACAUAUCUUGAAAAAAUUUUCAAAGAAGUUAGGCCGUUUGGAGAGCAAACAUAAAAGUCUUAGAGAGGAUUUCCUUAAAUGCAUCAAUCUUACAGAGCCAAAUGAUGAGUUUGAAUCAUGUUGGUGGUCAUUGCUUGACAAAUAUGAGCUACAGGAAAAUCAAUGGCUUUACUUAUUGUACAGAAGCAGAGAAAAAUGGGUCAGGGUUUUCUUCCAAGGGGCAUUUUGUGCAAGUGUGAGCACUGGUCAGCGGAACAUGAGCAUUAACUCAAUUUUCAAUGUGAAUGAGCACACGUCCUUGUUAGUAUUUGUGAUUCAAUGUGAGCAAGCUAUUGAUGGUUGGUUUGAGAAGCAACUUGAAGAGGAUCUUAAGUCAAGCUAUAUGAAACCGAUUCUCAAAACAAGCUUCCCAAUGGAAGUUCAAGCUGCUGAGGUUUACACGAGAACAAUUUUCCUGGAAUUUCAAGAUCAGCUAAUUCAAAGUCUUCAACACGUAGUAGAAUUAACCAAUGAAAAUGGCACCAUCGGCACCUUUAAGGUGGCUGAAUUUGGAGCAGAGGACAUAUCCCAUAUAGUAUCUUUCGAUGCUAUUGAAGGCUGUGCAAGCUGUAGCUGCCAAAUGUUCGAGUAUGCAGGUAUUCUCUGCAGACAUGUACUACGAGUUUUCAUGGUGAAAAAUAUUAUGCUGUUGCCGUCAAAUUGCAUAUGGAAACGCUGGACAAGAAGCGCCAUGAAUGGAGAUGCUACUAAGGAUCAAGCUUCUCACAUUCAUAGUACUUUUCAAGAAAAUAGGUACUUACUAUAUAAGGAUCUGUGUCGUGAAGCCAUUAGCUAUGCAUCAGAAGGUGCCUUGAGCCUUGAAAUUUACAAUCUGGCAAAGCGUGCAAUAAGAAAGGCUUUGGAAGAGGUUCGUGCAGUAAAAGAGAAUGCUGCAGCUCUUCUGCAGCAUUCUUCCCCAGUAGUCGGUAGCAUCCAUGAAGAGAAUAUCUGUGAACAGAGUCAACCCGCUGAUGCAACUAGCAGCAGGCAUACAUCACAUUGGUCAAAAUUCAGGUAGUCUACAUUAUAGCCAAACAUGGCAUCAUUCAUAUGAGUACUUGAUCUCUAAGGUAGUAAGAUUGAUUUACUACCACAGGGUGGUAUUGAAUCUCUUCCAACCCUUCUCAAAGAAAUGAUUUCAAAGCAUUGGAGCAGGAAUAGAUCAAACUAAGCAGGGUAUCAAUGAAAAGGAAUGAGGAAACUGAAGGGAGAUCCGGUUUCCUUUGGAAGAUGGUGUUGCUGUUUGACAGGCAAACAGAAAAAGGGUACUGGUUGAAGAAUGAGGAGAUUCAUUCGAGCUCCGGAUAGAUUCAUGAGAAAAUCAGGAAUUACUUAGCUAUUUUUUGUGUAAAGUGUAAGCUAACUUUAUUUGUAAAAUAGUUCAACCACGAGGUAUCCAAGUUUAAAUCAGC